CUCACCACACCAAAAACUGAUACGAAAACGAGAGGGAGGAGCUCUGCUGGUUGUUGCAAAGAUGGCUAGGUAAGAGACACAUUUAUUUUUGUAGUUAUAUUAUUAAAAUGCUAUUAUAAUUUUCUUUAGUUAGUAAUUAGUGAAUUUGUUUGUUAUGUAGUGAUUUUAGGAGAUUUGAACUAAUUGUUUGGUGGAAAUCGGAGAAAGUAGAGGACAAUUUGGGCUUCCAUUUUGUUGGUGGUAGAAAGUUUCAGUUGACAGUUCCAUGUCGGGUGACAUAUCAUCAUUUUGUCGGAAUAUAAUCCCGAGAAUAUGGCGUAGAGACGAACCAGUACAAGAUAGUGAUAUGAUCACAGGUUUCACUUACCGUCUUCCAGAAUGGCAGAAUAGUGUUCUAUUUCAUUAUGUGAUGCCUAUUGUGGAUGAUGAUGGCUUGAAUGUGCUUUUCGAUUUUAUGGCACAAAAUUCUUAUUGUUUGGGUGCUAAGAUGCAUGCUGAGAUUAGACAAGCUGAUCAGGGUGAAGAUGAGACAUGGAGUGUGCCAUCUGAUCAUGAUUAUGACGACGAAGACGAGGAGGAGGGGGAAGAUGGGGAAGAAGAGCAACAUAAUUAUCCUCCAUAUUUUUACUUGCAGGUUAAUGAAGAGGACGAUGAAUUAUCAUAUGUUGAUUCAUAUGGCGUAAUCCCAAUGGCUAUUGUUACUGGUUUUGAAGAAGAAUUCUACAAGGGCCAGAUAUUUCACUCGAAACAAGCUGCACAGGUGGCGGUUAAACAUCACGCCUACAACGCAACUUUCAGUAUGGCGUGGUGGAGUCGUCACCUUCAAUCUAGAAAGUUAGAUGCUUGAAACAUAAGGAUGACAAUUGUCCUUGCAUGGUGAGGUUUGGAUGUUGAGACGUUGGAAGCGAAUCGACUGUGAGAAAGGCCGAGUUGAUGCAUUCUUGUAGCAGUACGACUCAACCGACAGAUCAUCGCCAUCUUGAUGUCGACUAUAUCUAAGUCUGUGAAACAUUUGGUACGUACCCAACCAAAUCUGAGUGUUCUAAUUGUGCAAGCCGAGUUGAAAGAUAAAUUUAAUAUGCAAGUUACUUAUAAGAAGGCUUGGUAUGGGAAACAAAGAGCAUUGGAGAAAUUGCAUGGAAAUUGGGAAGAAUCUUACUAUUAUGUGCAAACAUUCUUGGGGGUUCUCAAGAGAAAAAUGCCAACAUCAGUGAUUGCUUGGGUAAAAGUUCCUCCAUCGCAACCAGGUCAUUUGAUCUUUGAACAAGUAUUCUGGGCUUAUGGACCUUGUAUAGAUGGAUUCAAGAAUUGUCCAUGAGUCAUGGUUGUUGAUGGAAUAUUUCUUACUGGAAAGUAUGAAGGAGUGCUACUCAUGGCGAGCUCAUUUGAUGGUCGGAAGAAGAUUUUUUCAAUUGCAUUUGCCAUAGGGGAGAGCGAGAAUACUGAUAGUUGGCCAUGGUUCAUAAGACACGUUUAAGAUUUGACCGAUCAGAACGAUGUAUGCAUCAUCUCAGAUAGACAUGUUGGACUCUAUGAAGCCAUGAGUAACAUUGAAAGAAGUUGGGAGUGGAGAUGGUGCAUGCGACACAAUGAAAGCAACUUGCAAAAGAAGACAAAAAGCAAAAUUAUGUAUAACCAACUGUUUUGAGUCGGUAAGUCUCUUCGUCGUUAUUGUUAUUGAUUUUCGACGUAUUAUUUAUUUUAAUUUAAUAUUAUCAUGAAUUUAUCUAACUCGUGUGGUUAUUUAUUUUGUUAGCCCAAGAAAAACGCUUGGAGAAGUUUGAUCGUCAAGUUGAGCGAUUUAAGAAGAUGGUCGCUGAAAGAAAUAUUUCUUGUGAUAACUGGGUGGAUCAAAAUCAACUUCGUUGGAGCUUAGCACAUGAUAACUAUAAUGGUGGGUGUCGAUGGUCUAUGCUGACGACCAACAUGGCAGAGAGCAUCAAUGGUGUUUUCAAAGGUAUUCGUUCACUUCCUAUAGCUUCUCUUGUGCAACAUACUUAUUGGCGAUUAUUGGAGAAAUUCGAUAAGAUGAGGUUGGAGACAGAAGUACAAAUCACAGAAGUGGGAACUUACAGUACACGAAACCAUGUGAAGAUCUGAUGAAGCUGUGGGCACAAAAGGCAGUUGAACAUUUCGUGACAAGGGUUAAUCGACGUCAGGGCAUCUAUGUAGUUCAGAAUCCUCCCAACAAUUUCAACAUGAUGGGUUCGAACACACUCACUUUGCAUUUCGAUGACCACAAUCAAGCGGGAUUUUGCACUUGUGGGAAAUUCCAAGGAAAUAAAAUUCCUUGCUCUCAUGCCAUUGCAGCUUGCAACCGAAUGGGGGCUAACCCGUAUAGGUUUGUAAACGACAUCUAUAAGCUGGUAAUAGACCAAUAAUUACACCUGUUUUUACCCCUAUUCUUGAGCCGUUUGAGAGGUUGAUUCUCGUGUUUUAAGCCAAUUUCACGCGAGGUUGUGCGUCUAUGUCAUAUUUCAGGGCCCGGCGUUGGAAUCGAGGCGAGGAAACGAGUUUUGGGUCGAAAGGAGCGAAGUUGGGUCGAAGUGUGCUGCAGGAGGAAAAUACCCGGUCAUGGGCUCAAAUACCAGACCGGGUAUUUAUCGUUUUUGGCGUCUGAGAAACAGAAGGAGUCCCGGUCGUGAAGCAUAAAUCCCCGGUCGGGGAUUCUUAGAGAAGACCGGGGAUUUUUCUCUUCUCUUAAACGCGCGUUUCAAUUAUACCCGGUCGAGACCCAAAAUACCCGACCGGGUAUCGCGACAGUUAGCCUUUUAAAGGAAAAGAAGGCCAAAAAUCAAGGGUUCCGAGUUUU